UCAUGUGUUGGGAGGGGGACGAGUGCUGCCUCAGAAGCGGGCGAGGGGUGCGGGACAAUGUUGUAGCCAAUUAAAGCAAAAAGUGCCUUAUGUUGGGGACCGAAAGAUCUUUAUACGUGCCCGAGCGGUCCUGUUUAUGAUAUGAGGUGACCAGCGAGUCUGGUGAACGGAGAGGGUGUUUGGAUUGAAUGCGCUUUCUCUGCUGCAGCUUUGCGCCCGGACUUGAGCUCUGCGGCAGGUGAGGUGCUGAACCGUCGCCCCUAUGGAUCGGCACCAUGGAUGCUUUCAAUUUCUCCUUUAGCAGCAGCGGCCCGGACAGUAAAGAGGGCGAUAAAGGCGCGGAGCCCUCCGUCCGAGCAGGGAUGCGUAUCCCCGGGCAUGGCCCUGCAGCGGCGGCGACUCCGUCUGGAGCCGGAUACUGGACCGCCGUGUUUGAUUACGAUGCCACUGCCGAGGACGAGCUCAGUCUGCGGAAGGGGGAUCGGGUAGAGGUGUUGUCCAAAGACUCGCUGGUGUCAGGGGAUGAGGGAUGGUGGACAGGUAUGAUCGAGGACCGCGUCGGUAUUUUCCCCUGUAACUACGUGAGCAGCGGGAACGGCAUCUCAGAGAAGAUUCGGGACACGCCGGAGGACUACGGCGAUUAUUCGGUGCCUCAAUUACACUUGCUCCAGAUAGAUUUCAGUGAGUUGGCUUUGGAGGAAAUGAUCGGAGUUGGAGGUUUUGGUAAAGUGUACCGUGCCAUUUGGAAAGGCCAGGAGGUUGCAGUGAAAGCAGCUCGCCGGGACCCUGACGAGGACGCGUCCCAGACGCUGGAAAGCGUACGUCAGGAGGCCAAGCUCUUUGCCAUGUUGAAACACCCUAACAUCAUGGGCCUUCUGGGCGUGUGUCUGCAGGAACCAAACCUCUGUCUGGUCAUGGAGUACGCCCGGGGUGGGCCGCUCAACCGGGCACUGGCUGGGAAACGUAUCCCUCCGCACACGCUUGUGGACUGGGCUGUACAGAUUGCACGUGCCAUGCUUUACCUGCACUGCCAGGCCAUCGUACCUGUCAUCCACAGAGACCUGAAGUCUAGCAACAUUCUGAUUCUGGAGCGGGUGGAGAAUGAUGAUCUGAGCAACAAAACUCUAAAGGUGACUGAUUUCGGUUUGGCUCGAGAGUGGCAUCGGACCACGAAGAUGAGCGCUGCGGGGACGUAUGCCUGGAUGGCUCCUGAGGUCAUCAGGUCCUCGACUUUCUCCAAGGGUAGUGAUGUCUGGAGUUACGGAGUUUUGUUGUGGGAACUGCUGACAGGAGAAGUGCCAUUUCGUGGCAUUGAUAGCCUGGCGGUAGCUUACGGUGUUGCCAUGAAUAAACUAUCGCUGCCAAUCCCCUCCACCUGCCCUGAGCCAUUUGCCAAGCUAAUGGAAGACUGUUGGAAUGUGGACCCUCAUGCACGACCUCCUUUCACCAGUAUUCUGGACCAGCUGACAACUAUUGAGGAGUCUGGAUUCUUUGAAAUGCCAGCAGAAUCCUUCCAAUCACUCCAGGAUGACUGGAAGCUGGAGGUUCAGGAGAUGUUUGACCAACUCAGAGCCAAAGAAAAGGAGUUAAGAUCCUGGGAGGAAGAACUGAGUCGUGCCGCUCUACAGCAGAAGUACCAGGAAGAGGCUUUACGGCGGCGUGAGCAGGAAUUGGCGGAGAGAGAAAUUCACAUCCUGGAGCGAGAGCUCAACGUCAUCAUUCACCAGCUGUACCAGGAGAAACCCUGCGUCCAAAACCGGCAUGGAAAGUUUCGGCGCAGUCGGCUUAAACUGCGUGAUGGGAAUCGUAUCAGCCUGCCGUCUGAUUUUCAGCAUAAGAUCACAGUACAGGCGUCUCCAUCUUUAGACAGGAGGUGGAGCUUCCUGGGUAGUAACUCCACCCCUCCUAAUAGCCCCCCGGUUUUACCACGCCUCCGAGCAAUCCAGUUGACCCCUGGGGUUGGAGGUCAACCUUGGGGUCGUAAUGCUGCAUUCCAGUAUGAUGAAGAAGAGGAGAGAAAAUGCUCACGGAAAAAAGGGAGAACGCAACGAGAACACAGUGCUGAUGAAAGUUUAAGGACACCUAAAGAGGGUAGUCGGCAGCGUUCUUGCAGUGCCCCAAACCUGCGCCGGUCCCCCAGACAUAGUCCCGCUGUACCUGGAGUGUCCAGCCUGGCAGAGAUGGAAAAUGAAGACUGCUGCUUUCCACCCGAGUCAGCUGACUCGCCCGGCCAAUCAUACCUCUGCAUCCCGUUCCACAGGGAUGGAGCCGUUGCCGACAGUUACUGCAUGGAGAGUGGCACGGCUGUUGCGGCCCCUGACGUAUCUCCCAGUUAUACACGACGGAGUCCUAGUAUGAACCGCAAAACGGAGCUGGUGUUGUUAGGCUGCGGUGCGGCUUUGGCUGCCGUGGCUUUAGGCCAUAACCUUUUGGAAUUUAUGCGUGUGGAGGAAAGCGCGCGCCCGCGAUGGGAAGGGCUGUUUCACCGUAGUGGCAGUCAGAGUAGCGGUGCCAGCCCACCCACACGCAAACUUUUCAAACGGGAAAGUCCCCGUCGACCCCCGCCUCUGCCCUCCUCCCUCACACUGCUGUCUCUCUCGUCUGUCUCUGACUGUAACUCAACCCGGUCUCUCCUUCAGUCUGACAGCGAAGAGCUACUUGUGCUCCGCCCACCUACCCCACAUGCCCCACCAACUGUACAGACUCCGCCUCCUCUGAACCCACUGGUUAACACUCACCUGGAGAGCUUCAAGCGUCAUCCUCGACAGUCUCUCACGCCUACACAUGUGCCCUCCGCACCCAGUGCCACCUGCAAGCUUCAUCGCACACCUUCAGAUGGCGCAAUAAAGACAGCAUGCCCAUCUGCUUAUAACAACCAUAAUUACAACCAAACCACGCCCUCCAAAACAUUGCAGGAGCACACAGUGAGUCCAAGGAAUCUAAGCGAGGACCCCACAGAAGUGCCCCGUUUGCCUGACCCAAAUCUAAUAUUUCCACCUACGCCACGUCGGCGCUUCCAGCCUGAGCGGCCCAAGACUCUUGAUUUCAUGGCUAGACCCCGCCCUUGUCCCCGAGUACGCUGUGGAUCCCAGUGGGGUGAAUCCCCUGCUCAUACCUCCAGCACUGAAACCCCAUCCACUGUGGAGUUUGGAGGAGCUGUGGCCGUCCUGCCCACUCCAAUGCAAGAACCAACCCCCUGUUCCCCUUGGGUGAAUGACAGCCUUUUGGACCAACAGGAUGAGGGACAGUGCAAGGAUGGGACGCGACCUCUCUCAUCGGAUCGUAAUUUAACCCGAGACUCACCUUAUAGAGUGCGGCCAGGGUUCUGUUCUUGAUUUCAGUCUGAGUCAUAACUUAAAUACAGUGAUGUUAGUGUGAAUUACCAAUUCAGACCGAUCAUGAUGUUUAGCAUGUAGGCAAUAACUUCAUACAGAUUUAUCGAAAUGACAUCUAUUGCUGAUUGCAAGGGUUUAAGAACAAACGUACACUACAUUUGGAUGGUUUUACAGAACUGAUUUUUUGAUUUUUAAUAAGGGAGAAUUUUCCCGCAUAAACCAAAGGUAAUUGGUUUUUUGCAUAAUCCAGAUGCCGUUCAAGUCCAAACCGUGUCUAUUUUAUUAAGAGAUGGUUUUCAGUAGCACCUCCGAACACAUAUAUACACUCCUGGGGUCCAAAGUAAGAGUUGCUUCUUCAAGCUAUUCCUCAGUCAAACGAAACUCACCACCAAGCAUAAUAAGCUAUUACGACCCAGUUACUCCUUUAAUAAUCGGACUGAUUUCUGAGUCCUUUAGAAAUGUACAGGGUUCGCAGCUUCUAUCUUGAAGUACAUUAAUCAAGAGAAUUUUUUAUUUGCAAACCUGUUUAUUAUUGGUAUUGACUGCAUAAGCUGUCCCGUUGCACUGUAUUAACAUUCUGUUUGUAUUUGCACUCGUCUGCAUGUUUAUGGUAGGGUUAGGUUCCUGAACAUAUUGGACUAGCUGAUGAACACUGGACGGUCAUUUUGAGUGGUCAGGUUUAAUUUGUCAUACAUGGACGCGAUUGUACACCUUUAGAAGUGCUUUUUUCAAGUUUCAUGAAUGUAUAGUUCUGUCAGAUCUCUCAUAUUUAUACCAUUCAGAAACACUGAUUAUUCUGUGAUUUUAAGCAUGAAGCACACGAAAGCUAAAACGUCACUCUCCAAACCUCAGUCACUAGUACUGUAUACGAGAAAAUAUUUUUAAGAGUGCUGGUAGAAUUCAUUGGCUCUAAAUGGCAACUUUACAGUAGUCUUCCAGUUUUGGGUCAUCUACAGUAUGUGUGUGUGCGUGUGUGUCAUGAUGAAUGUAUUUUAUGAGGAAUCUGUGCUGUUUAUGCGUUACAUUCCUUUUGAGAUUGUUAUUGCACAUUUACAUUCAUUUUAAUAGUAGCUUUUGUGCAAUAUUCCUAAUACAUUUUCAUGUGCACAUUAAUUUACUGAAUCUUUUUAUUUAUUAAGUUAUUUUUGUAUGUUUUCACAUGAUGUUUUUGUAAUUUAUGAUGGAACUGGCGAUAAGAAAUGUGUUGUCUGGCUUUCUGAACAUGCUUAAACACGCAGAAGUGUACAUUCUUUUGCCCAUGCUCACGUGUCUAGAUUGAGGUUUAAGGUUUUGUCUGCUGUCUCUGUUCCUUUAAUCUUUCAUUUCAUGUUCUGUAAGAAUUUCCUUUAGAGCCAAAACAACAUUUAGAGCCAAAACACAUAGUUGCUUGUGUCUGUAUUACAUUUCUGUCACUUUAAGCAACACUUCACACAAAAAUAAUAAUUCUGUCACCAUUUACUUUUAAAGUGAUAGUUUACCCCAAAAUCUAAAUGCUGUCAUCAUUUACUUGCUGGUCAUUCCAAACCUUUAUGACUUUCCUUCUCCAGCAGAACACGAAAGAAGAAAAGUUGGUAACCGAACAGCACUGGAUCCCAUUCACUUCUGCUGUAUGGACACAAAACUAAUGCAGGUGAAUGGGGUCAAGGUAGCACGAUUUUUCAAAAAAUCUUCUUUUGUGUUUCUAUGGAAGAAAGAAAGUCAUACCGUUUUGAAAUGAAAAAGUAGUGACAGAAUUUUAAUUAUUGGGUGAACUAUGCAUAUAAGUAUCUUUAUGUAAAAGUUAUUGUUUGACUUUUAUGAUGGUUUUGCAUUUCUUCAGAUUUGUUCAGUCGCUAUUUAUGCUAAUUGCUUAGAAAAAUCUGACCAGCCCAGUUUUAACAAUAAUUAUUUUAGUGUUCACAGAAGAAAGUCAUGUUGUUGUUUUGAACAACAUGAAGGUGAAUAAAUGAUGAUGGAAUUUU